AUGGGUCUAAUCCGUCUCUUAUAUCAAAAUAAAUCAGUUAUUUUAUUUUGUUUGUUUACUUAUAUUCUAUUCUGGCUAACUAUUGCCACUUUUCAACAAUCAACACAUCGCAGUAAAAAUCAACUGCGUCGAUUAAAAUAUCGAUCGAAUUCAACUUUCUCAAUUAUACUUGACGAUUUAUUACCAUUAAAAGUCAAUUUACUUUUAAUUGAUCCAUACGUCCUUCAGUAUCUUUUUAUCGGCCAAUUCUCAUUUGAUAAAUUAGAAAAAGAACUAAUUACUUUUGGUAUCAUUGAUGAAUUCGUUGAAAACUUUCUUCAAACUUUUCAAGGAAAUAAUUUCUCUAUAAACAUAUCAAAAAAUGAUUUAUCAAAUCAUAAAAUAUCAACUGAUCAUAUAUUUAUUGAAUAUCAACAAAAAAUAAUUCAUUUAGCUGUUUUGCAUGAAUAUAAAUCGUUUUAUCUUAUUGAAGAAAAUACUAUUUCACUAUCGACAAAUAUUCAACUAUCGUAUGGUGAUACACUUCGUGCUGUUGAACGUACUGAAAUUGCUGUACAUGAAUAUUCAUUUUUCUAUCCUCGAGAUGUUUCACACUUUUUAUGGCUAUAUGAAACAUCAAAAUUUCUUCAUUGCAAUCAAGUAUUAGCAAAUAGAAUGGAAAAUGAAUUUCAUUUAUAUCAAAAUGCAAGUCAAUUAAAUUUAACUGCUGUCCCUAUGAGAAAUAUUGCUUAUGCAUUAAAUAAACUUAAAAAACACUAUUGGCUUGCUGGUGGAACUUUACUUGGUUGGUAUCGUCAUUGUGGGUUAAUUCCAUUUACUCAAGAUGCAGAUUUUGGUCUCUUUGCUGAAGAAUAUGAUGAAAAUAUUCGAAAUUAUUUUCUUGGAAAUCCUAUUACGUAUUUGUGGGGUGCAUUAGGACUUGUUAAUGACUCUCUUGAAUUUCGUCUUUAUACUGGUCGAUUUACACUUGAUCUCUUUUGGGCUUAUCGUGAAGGUGAUCAUCGAUGGUGUGGCUAUCAAGUACAAAGAGCGAAAUUUAGACGUACUCUUCCAUUACUAGAAACAGUUUGUUCAUGUGAUUUAUUUGGCUCCCGUUUUUCAAUUCCUUGUUCACCAAUUGAUUAUCUCGAUGGUGAAUAUGGAAUAGAUAAAUGGAAAGCUCCAUUAGAAAAAAAUUAUAAAUGGGUUAACAUGAAAUUUCAUUCUCUCUGGGAUGAUAUAUCAUGGAUGUAUGCAACACGUUUAUAUACACGUCAGGGAAAACUUCGUCGAGAUAAAGUUGCAAUCGAUUGGAUAUCAAAACAUUUCAAUUAUUCUUUAACAUCAAUUCCAUCAUUUCUGAAUAUAUUACCAAAUGAACCAGUAGUUCUUCCACCGCUUAAAGCAAAACUUGUUUAUGGUUCAUCAAUAAAAAGAAAAAAAAUAUCAAAAAAAAGUUUCAAAACAAGUCACAGAAAUCAAAUCAAAUAA